ACCCCACAACCCCACCCUACCCCUGCCGGCUUGAUUUUCUCGCAAUCGCAGAUUUGCAGAUCAAUUGUUGCUCGACAUAAUCUUGAUUCGCUAAUUUCCCAUUCGUUAAUCAUAACUCUGAUUCACCAAGUCAACAAAUUAUCAAAUUCCAUUCGCGCCCAUAUACUUUUUUUCUACCUCUUUCAAAAAAAAAGUUAUUCUCGUUGGUCCGUUCGAUCUUCGUGUUUCAGCUCGAAGAGAAAGGCGUGUUCUUUAUUGCGGUGUCGGCUGGAAAAGCAAUUGAGCUUUUGAGGAUUUUGAAUGUGGCGAUGAUGAACCAAGGAGAAAACGCAGAAGCUGCUGCCCCUGUUGAGGCGAAUCAAACGACUGAGCAGCCGCAAGCUCAGACAUCUGAUUUUCCUCCUAACGGUGCUCUGGCAUCAUGGACCACACAAGGGGAGGGUCAUAACUUGAGGGAGAAUGGAACUGUGUCUAGUUCUGGCUACAAUCAUGAUCAGCUGCCGGAUACGUCUGUGGGGAAUGUUCAAGAUGGUGUGAAUGCGGCAUCUACUGUCUCGGUGUCAAGUUCAGGGUCUACAAAUGUGGCACAAGGGUAUAAUGGUUAUGCUGCCUAUCCGAAUACUGACCCCUAUGGAUAUAACAGCACGGGUUAUGCAGCUUACUACAAUCAGUAUCAGCAACAGCCUGGUCAGUAUCAGCAGCAACCCAAUCAAUAUCCGCAGCAACCCAAUCAGCCCAAUCAAUAUCUGCAGCAACCCAACCAACCGAAUCAGUUUCCGCAGCAACCCAACCAACCGAAUCAGUAUCAGCAGCAACCCAAUCAGUAUCAGCAGCAACCCAAUCAACCUAAUCAGUAUCAGCAGCAGCCCGAUCAGUAUCAACAGCAAUCGAGUCAGUAUCAACCGCAAACCAAUCAGUAUCAGCAGCAGCCUAAUCAGUCUUAUCCCCAUCAUGUAGGAGCAUACCAAAACACAGGUGCUCCUUAUCAGCCUAUUCCUUCAUUUCAAAAUACAGGGUCUUAUGCUGGACCUGCAAGUUACUCAAGCACUUAUUACAAUCCUGGUGAUUAUCAGACGUCUGGAAGUUACACAAGUGCCACAUAUGGUACACAGACCAACUUGUGGCAGGGAGGGCAAUAUGCGCCAUAUAGUUCUCAUCAGUAUCCGAGCUAUAGUCAGGACUCCAAUUCAGCCUAUAGUUCUUCCGUUGCAAAUGCCCAAUAUCAGCAGCAGUAUAAACAGUGGCAGGAUUAUUACAAUCAAACUCAAACGGAGGUCAGCUGUGCUCCUGGGACAGAGAAUAUACCGGUCUCUGUUGCAUCUAGUGUUACUAGUUCUGCUCCUGCUGGAAACAUUGAAUAUACAACUUCAAACAACCAGAUACCUGCAGCUUACACCCCUUCAUGGAAACCAGAAUCUACUUCAUCUGAAUUAGCUCCUGUGCAGCCCGUGGCAGUUAGUGAAAGUACACCUGAUGGUUACUGGAAACAUGGGACUCCUGCUUUUCAGAAUGGCCCAUCAAACAUUUUACAGCCACAUGCUCAAAAGCCACCAGAAGUAAUCUCUGCAUAUGAAAAUUUCCAAAAUCAACAGAACUCUACAUAUGCCCAAGCGUCUACAUCACUAUAUCCAGCUCCUUAUCAUGUUUCUCAGAGUCAUCACACAUCCUUUCAAACUCUCCCUCCACCUCCAGAGCCUUUAGAUUCACGGAAGACAGGCAAAAUGCAAAUUCCAACCAAUCCAAGAAUUGCUCCAAACCUUUCCACGAUUGUAUCAAAGCCCAACAAAGAUAACCUAACAACUACUACAAGUGUAAAACCAGCCUAUAUCAAUGUUGCAAUGCAGCAGCCCAAUGAAAAGGUUGUGUCACAAGAGGAAGCUGAUCCCACACUCAAGCCUGCUGUGUUUCCGAAGUCAUUACGUGGUUAUGUUGAGAGGGCUUUAGCCCGUUGCGUGAAUGAUAAGCAAAAGGCAGCUUGCCAAGCUGUCAUGAAGGAGGUUAUAACAAAAGCAACAGCUGAAGGUACACUUUACACAAGAGAUUGGGACAUUGAGCCUCUUUUCCCCAUCCCAAAUACCGAUGCAAUUGACAAUGAUACUGAGUUUCCAGCACUGACUUCUGCAACACAAAGAAAGAGUCCCACUCGGCGUGCCAAAAGUAGAUGGGAGCCCAUUCAAGAGGAAAAGGUGGCUGAUAAAACUUCUAAUAUGUCUUUCGGAACCCCAAAAUAUGGUGUUUGGAACAACAAGCAGUUUUCAGGUGGAAAAAUAGAGAAUAAGGUGGGUUUGGGCACAAAAUUUUCUUUUACAGAUCAGAAAAUUUUCAGUAGGAAUGCUGCUAGACCUAUAAAGAGACAGCGUCUUGGUGAGGAAAUAAACACAGCUGAUGGCGGCGAUACUUCUAGUGAUAGCGAUAAGGAACAGAGUCUGACGAAGUACUACUCUGCUGCUAUUACGCUUGCUGACACACCAGAGGAAAAGAGAAAACGUGAAAACCGUUCGAAACGUUUUGACAGAGGACAUGGAACCCGGGCAGAAAAAGUGAAGUUAAGAACAAAAGAUCAUGGUGCUGGUAAUUUGCAUGCUAGGCGGGCUAGUGCUUUGAUUCUUAGCAAAACUUUUGAUGAAAGUGGGAGUGAGGCUGUUGAAGAUAUUGAUUGGGAUGCCCUUACUGUUAAGGGAACCUGUCAGGAGAUUGAGAAACGCUACCUACGCCUUACUUCUGCACCUGAUCCAGCAACGGUGAGGCCUGAAGAGGUGUUACUAAAAGCUUUAGAAAUGGUUCAAAGUUCCCAAAAGAAUUACCUCUAUAGAUGUGAUCAGUUAAAAUCAAUCCGGCAAGAUCUUACCGUACAACAUAUACGUAAUGAGCUUACAGUAAAGGUUUAUGAAACUCAUGCUCGGAUGGCCAUAGAAGCUGGGGACUUGCCAGAGUACAAUCAGUGCCAAUCACAAUUGAAAACUCUUUAUGCAGAAGGGAUUUCGGGAUGCCAUAUGGAAUUCACAGCAUACAAUUUAUUAUGCGUUAUAUUACACUCCAAUAAUAACAGAGAUCUUGUGUCAGCAAUGUCAAGAUUACCACAUGAUGCCAAAAAGGAUAUAGCAGUAAAACAUGCUCUCGCAGUUCGCAGUGCUGUCACAUCAGGGAAUUACGUGAUGUUUUUCAAACUCUACAAGACGGCACCAAAUCUUAGCACCCUCCUUAUGGAUCUAUAUGUUGAAAAAAUGCGAUAUGCUGCUGUGAAGUGCAUAUCUCGUUCAUACCGUCCUACGGUCCCUGUGUCGUAUAUUUCCCAGAUUCUAGGCUUCUCAAGUGCAACAUCUACAAGUGAAGUAGGCGAUGAGAAAGAAGUCGAAGGCGUGGAGGAGUGCAUGGAAUGGCUCAAAGCUCAUGGCGCUUGCCUUACUUCAGACAGCUCUGAGGAAACAUUACUCGACACGAAGACUUCCGUGUCGAGUCUCUACAUGCCAGAGCCUGAAGAUGCCGUCUCUCAUGGUGAUGCAAACCUCGCGGUUAAUGAUUUUUUCACUCGGAGUUCAGCAUAGGACCUCGUUCGGAGAGCCAGACGUGACCUAGUAACUGAUAGGAGUGUUGGAUCAUGGGAUGACAGGCUCCGGGAACGACUGCCUCAGCCACGUGCUCAGAUCGAACAACUAUGCCGGGUAAGAUGACGCCACGAGAGACUGCAACGGUAUGAUUCAGGAACUCACCUUUGAUGGAGAAGGAUUGUGUAAGCCAAUUGACAUGGAUUGAUAUUGAAGUAGAAAUCAUCAUUCUUUUGAUUACAACUUGAGAUAUAAAAAAAGUAGCUAAAGCUACGUUGUUGUAUCGUUAACUGUAUGUUCAUCACACCUAAUUUCUUGUAUUUUGAGUAUUGCCACAAAAUGUUUUACUAUGAUGAAACUAUUGUUUCUAUGAUGAAACUAUUGUUUCAGGAUUUUUAAUAUUUCAAUAUAUGAAUGUGUAUGGCUUCAUUUCA